AUGAAUAAAUUAUUGCUCAUAAUUCUAAAUUGCUGUUUGGGUAGUUUAUUUAUGGGAUUCUGUUUGGGACAGAUGAAUGUGAUUAGCGCAGAUGUCUACAAUGUCUAUAAAAUUGAUGAUACUUUUACCAAAGGUCUGAUGCAAUGUAAGAUUAUAUCCGUUUUCAUUCAGCCCUAUUAACCAUAGGUGGAGGGCUAGGUUCCAUAUCAGCAUCAAUAUUGAUGGGGUUGUUUUCCAGAAGAAGGAGUCUCUAGAUAACUGAUCUCUUUGGGAUUAUGGCCAUAAUGAUGGCAUUCAUAGAUUAAAGCAAAUAUGCGCUUUUGGCUUCUCGUUUCUUUGUGGGUGUUGUAUUAGGACUUAAUGGAGUUCUAGUACCUGUAUAUAUAAACGAGAUGGCUCCAAAAGAGAAGGCAGGGUUUUUGGGGACGAUGAAUCAAUUGUUUAUUACUUUAGGAAUCUUGUUUACAUUUUUGAUGUCCUACUUCUAAGACAUUUCGUUGCCAAUUCCAUUUUACAAGUUGAUGCUAUAUUUGCCCAUUCUCCCUUGUAUAGUAAGAGCUAGUGCCUUGUCGACUGUGUUUAAGUAUGAAACACCCGUAUACUGUGCCAAACACCAUUUAAAGUAUCUAUUGAUUUAAAACAAAGCCAGUAAUUACAUAGAGUGUUGGAAAUGAUAUACAAUGAAAAAGGAGAAAAAAUGUACGAAUAAUUUUAAUCACAAUAAAAAUCGACAGAGAGGAGAAUCACUUUCAAUCAGUUGUUUUCAUCCAAAUAUAGAUUUCGUUUGUUCAUUGGAAUUUCUCUUGCCUCGUUACAACAGUUAGGAGGCAUAAAUGGUAUUAUGUUCUAUUCUUCUUCAAUAUUUGAUUAAGUAUAGAAUAUGUGUGUCAACUUAGGUGACUGGCCAAGCCUCUCAAAAAGUUUUUUAUUUAAAUUUAAUUGUUGGCUUUAUUGGAGUGUUUACAGCCUUAUUGGCCACUGUAAUAAUCGAGUAAUUUGGCAGGUAUGAUUAACGUGAUAUUAAAAAUCAGAAAACCCAUCUUAAAGUAUGGAGCCCUAUUGUGUUUUGUUAGUUUAUUAAUGUUAACAUUUGUAAUGUCAAAUAGUGUGGGGAAUACAACAUUUGGAUAAUAUUCAAUUGUGAUUUGUAUAUUCUCCUACCUAUUUGGCUUUGGAUUUUCCUUGGGCCCAUUACUGUUUAUUUAUUUAACUGAAAUAUUACCAGACUUAGGAGUGAGUGCCAGUGGUUUGAUGAAUUGGAUGUCUGGAGGAUUAGUAGCCUAGAUGUUUCCAAUCAUUGCCUCCUAUGACAUAUCGUAUUGCUUUGCCUUGUUUUCCAUGUUUAAUUUUAUAGCGUAUUGUUACAGUUUAAUUCGCACACUAGUUAUUUGAUUAUCCAAUACAAAGUGAUUGAAACAAAAGGAUUAGAUAAGGAAACUGUUGACAAAUAUUUUGAAAAUCAAAAGUUUGAUUACAUACCUUAUUAGGAGGCUUACCAAGAAGAUAGAUUUCGUUGAAAUAGAAAUUGC